AGGGUUAUGUCUAUUUAAUUCGGCGUCUGUAUGUAGCCGCCCAUGUACGCGGCGACGUGACGGGGGCAGCACUGCGGGGCUCCCAGACAUACCUGACGACGAUGAGCGACGACUUCCUUGCACGCGAAAACGAGCUCCUCGGAGGCGAGUUCUCCGCCUCUACAACCACAGGCAGCUCCUUUGCCACUGCGACCGGCGAGGACAUCGACUUUGACCGCGCAGCGUCCGCCUUCCCCGACAUCUCACUGGACGGGGACAUCCCGGAGCCCGCAGCGCCGCCUGCGGAUGUAUCCCACUCAGGCUUCUCGUUUGAUGACUUUGAGCCUCCGCGCGAGCGAACGACGGAGGUGAAAGUCACCGGGGAUGACGAAAUUGACAAGUUCGAGAGUGAAUUCCCUGAGAUUGAAAUGCCCUCUGUGAGUAUAAAAGGAGCACCUGCUUUUACCUCGACGCCGUCCUCGCAGCCAGCCUUCAACACAACUCCCACUUUCGCUCCCCGCCCACAACCGUCGGCGCUCUCGUCGACGCCCCUUCUGAGCCAGCAGAUUGAAGAGGAGGAGCCCGAGGCAAUCAAGGAAUGGCGCGAGAAGCAGCAGACUGAUAUCAAAGCCCGCGACGAACGCUCGAAAGCUAAGCGUGACGAGACAGUGGGCAAGGCCGAGGGUGCCAUCGACCAAUUCUAUGAGGAGUACUCCGCGAAAAAGGAGAGGAAUAUCCGUGAGAACAAGGAACUUGAAGAAGAGUUCCUUCAGCAGAUGCAGGAUUCGCUUUCUGCAGGCACGACCUGGGAGCGCAUUUGCAAUCUCGUCGAGCUUGAAAAUUCGCAGAGCAAGACAAUUGCGCGCACCGGCCCCAAUACAACCGACCUGUCGCGCUUCAGAGAGGUGCUCUUGCGCUUGAGGAGGGAGGGGGAUGCGGCGCCGGGUGCUGCUGGCUAUUAGAUUCCUCUUUACUGGGUUGCAGAGGGUGUUACGACUCUGCCGCUCAGUACCUCUGUGGAUUAUACUCUAAGUUAUCAUUUUGGAUUCUCGAUGGAAUCACUGCGCACUUGUGGGGCGCC